AUGGACAUGUUGGACGUCUUCCAGCCCCUGCCGGAGCUCCUCGUGCAGCUGCGUAACCGGUUCUACCAGGCGUCGUCGUGGCCGGAGCUGUCCGUUCUAAGCCUGGUCCGGCCGCUGAUGGCCUGCGUGGCCAUCUAUCUGGUCCUGCUGCACAAGACGUCCGCGUUGACCACCUUCCCCGGGCCGGGGCCGUGGCCCAUCGUUCGGUUCGGGAACAUGCCCAUCAUCGUUGUCAACUCGGCGACCGCCGCUAAGGAGAUCUUGACCAGUAGCGCCGCUGCCCUCUCCUCGCGUCCCAUCUUUCAUACAUUUCACCAGUUCAUCGCCGGCACUCUCGGCCCCACCAUCGGCACGGCUGUGUACGGCAACGCCCUGAAGCGCGGCCGCGAGGCCACCGCCGCCGAGCUCAGCAAACCAGCCGUCAAAGCGAACCUCGACAAGAUCAACCUCGAGACGCGUCACCUCAUCCACGAGCUCCUCAUCUACGGCUCCGAGGGCCGCUCCCCGCUCCUCGUCUCCCCGCUCGUCAAGCGUCUCGCCCUCAACCUCUCCGUGUCCAUCUGCUACGGCCGCCGCAUGUACCUCGGCAACCCGCUCACCCAAGAAAUCAUCUCCGUCGAGCACAAGAUCCUCAAGCUGCGCAGCAUGACCGACAACGCGCAGGACUUCCUGGCCCCUGCUGCACGCCUGGCCACUCAGCAGAAGCUACCGCGGGCCGGCAGAGGGCCUGCGCGAGCGGCGCGGGUGGCGACGGAGAGCAACAUGAUCCACUGGGGGCUGGUGCUGCUGGCGACGAGGCCGGACGUUCAGGAGACGGCGCUGCUGCACAUCCGAGAGGCGUACCCGGACGUGGCGAAGGUGUUUGGGGAGCCGCUACGGGACACGGAGGACAUUCCCUACAUCAGCGCGCUGGUGCGAGAAAUUCUCCGGUUUUAUACCCCGUCACGGCUGGCGCUGCCUCGACUGACAGUGCAGCCGAUUGUAUACCAAGACAAGAUCAUCCCAGAUGGAAACACCGUGGUGCUCAACACCUUUGCAUGCAACAGAGAGCCCAAAUUGUUUCGCGACCCUGACACGUUCCGGCCUGAGCGGUGGCUCGAGGAUCCCGAUCAGGCCAUCUUCAGCUACGGGCUGGGGUAUCGCAUGUGCGCCGGGUACACGCUGGCCAACCACGUGCUGUACGCGCUGUUCGUGCGGCUGAUCGCGGCCUUUGCCGUGUCCGCCGAGCCGGGCGUGGACGCGGACCCGAUCACGGGCUGCGAGAGCGCCGGCCACCAGGCGAUGGCGCGGCGGCCGACGGGGUUGUACUUUAAGCCGCGGGAGGCAACGUUGCUGAGGGCAGCGCUGGCGCGGGACGUGCAUUGUCAGAUUGUCAGAUAUAGGGAUUGUGAGAUAUAG